AUGCUCCGCACAGCCAUCCUCGCGGCCCCACGGAGGUUGUUCUCCACCGCCGCCGUCGCCCGGGCGCCUGGCGGCAACGCGUUCACCAACCUGGUCAACAUUUCCAGCGACUCGCCCGAGACCGCCGCCGAGUCGUCGACCGCGACUGCCAACGUCGUCCAGUCCUCCACGCCCUUUGCCGCCCCCAGCAUCGCCGUGGACCCCAGCAGCAGCCGUCGCGGCUUCUCGCCUGACGCGCUGCCUGCGCGCAACGACCCCGUCCUCGAGCUCUUCACCAACGCCCUUAUGCGCAGCGGCAAAAAGGCCGAGGCCCAAAAGCACGUCUCCAACAUCCUCACCCUCCUCCAGCGCGCGACCAACAAGCCCCCCGUGCCCCUCCUCCACGAGGCUAUCGCGCUGUCUGCUCCCUCGGUCAAGGUCUUCCACAUGCGCCACCGCGCCAAGACCACCGUCGCCCCGCGUCCCCUCACCGAGCGCGCACGCACCACCACCGGUGUCCGCUGGCUCCUCAAGGCCUCGGAGCGCGGUCGCAAGAGCGGUAUCCGCCGCGACGACCGUAUCGCCCGUGAGAUCCUCGCCGUGCUCGAGGGCAGCAGCGACGUGUUCAAGCGUGUCGAGGAGGUCCACAAGAUUGGUAUGCUGAACCGUGCCAACCUCUUCUUCCGCCCAUAA